CAAAUAAAUGUUAAAACUAACUCUUUGUGUAUUGUUUGUGUUGGGUGCAACAGCCAUUAAUGUCUAAUCAUCAAUUUGGACAAAUCGUGACUAAAAAGCUCUUGCUGAAAUUCAUACAUCUGGUUGGGGUAAGUUUAUUUUGAACUAUGCUGAACUACAUAUGUAAACAGGUGGUAUUCUUUCUGAACUCAAUAGCGAAAUUGAAAAACUUGUAAAUAUAAUUUGUAACUAAUUUUAAAGGUUGGUGAAUUAGAAGAGGAAUUAGCUGGAGUACAUCACGAAUUUAACAGAAGAACAGAUGUUCAUAAUAGAGAAGUAAACAGACUUGAAUAAGAAAUCUAAGAUAAGGAAAGAGGUAUAAUAAAUUUUGAUGAUUUUAGAAAUAUUUAAUGCUCAUGAUUUCUAUGAUAAUGUAUUGAUCCCAUAAAGAGAUAGAUUUGCUGCCUAACUUGAAUAAUUAUAAGAAAAUAUUGCUUAAAAUAGAUAAACCCUCGAAUAAUCAAUAGUUUAAAGAGCAAAUGAUCAUGAAACAUUUGAAGCUUAAGUUGUUGAACAUAAUGAUGUUCUAAGUGCUAUUGAUGAAUGUCUUUAAUUAUUAAACACUUUGGAAGCACCAUCUCUUGCUUAAAUAAAAAAAGUUUAAAAGAAUCUUAACAAAAUAUAAAACUCAUUGAAAAAACACAGUUAAUUCUAAAUUUUCGUAAAAGUUCUUUUAGAAAUAACAGUUGAAUCAAAUUUUGCUGAUUAAGGUGCACUUAGAGAUGUAAUUCUAAAAAAUAAAUGAUAGAUUAUUGUUGCUUUUAAUAAUUUGAGAGUUGAAAUGGUUGAUUCACUUAAUUAAAUUACAGCUGAUGAAGCUGAAGCUGUUGCUGAUUUCAAUGCUUAAGUAAUUUAAUUAAACCAAGAACACGCUGAAUUCUAAAGAGCAGUUGUUGUUAAAAAUGCUGAAAUUGAAGCUAAUGCUAGUAUUAUCACAAUUUCUAAUCAAUUUAGCCAAGAUUGAAUAAACUCUUGACCUUAUCGAUGAACUUGAUGCUGAUCUAGCAACCCUUAAUGGAUAAUUAUAAGCUGAAAAUGAUGACUAUGCUUUUGCCACUGAUGUCUAUAAUGCCACCGUUGCUGAAUAUAAUAAAGAAAUCAAUGCUGCUAACUAAGCCUUAGAAUUGCUCAACUAACCAAGAUUCUAAGAUUAUGUUAAAUCAUAACUCAAAGGAGCAUGAUCUAUUACAAAAUAAUAUCAAUCAAAGUUUAUUACAGUUCUA